AUGAAGGUGUUGCUUCUUAUUGUUGCAAUUACGUUUUUAUCAACGGUCGAUGGACAACAGUGUCGAGCACAAUUCAUCAAUGAUACGAUUGGAGAAUGCUCAUCUGUCGAUACAUGUCAAGGAACUAUAUUAGCCGGUAAUUCGUGCGAACUGAAACGCUGUUGUAUUCCUGCCACACUACCAUCAACUCCAAAAACAUGUAUUACUGAAAAUGAUUUCGAUAUUCUAUACAAUACAACCCGUGCUAGCUUUCUUCGAACUGCUCUCGAUUACGGAAUCAAUUCAGCUGGUAUAUGCCUCAACUGUCAAGCAAAAGCAGCUUUCUUGGCGAUAGCAGCAACGAUGACACAGAAUUUCCAAACUGAUGAAGCUACCGGUAGCGAUGCACAAUUCGCUGCUGAUGACAACAAAUAUGGAAACUCACAAGCUGGAGAUGGAUCUCGUUUUCGUCGACGAGGUUUCUUUGGUCUUCGUGGAAGAACAAUGUAUCAAAGAUUACAAACAGCGAUGCCACAAUAUGAAAGUCUAACCAAUCCAGAAUCAGUCGCACUUAUACCAAAUGCUAUUAUGAUUGCCUCAAAGCUAUGGACUAAUCCAGAUUUGAAUAGUGGUAUGUGUUUGAUCGUUUGA